AUGACGACCCACCCCUCAUUAUUCCAAUCUCCUUUCCUUAUUUCCUUUUAUCUCCUCUGCGUCAUUUUCACUGUUACUGUCAACGCUGAAAGCGAUCCUGUGCAUAAUUCGGUGGACCGGUCGCUUCUCGCCGCUCAGAUUGGGGCCAUUGUAGGCGGAUACGUUUUCUUCGUCUCCGUUCUCCUGGCUCUUCUUCUCAGUGUUGGAAGGUGUCUCCGAAGAAGAAGAAUCAAUUCGUCCGACUAUACCUCGAUGAUGAAGUUGUCGAAGUCCGCUGGUGGCCUCGAUAGCACGGUAUCGUCUCCAGAAACACCCAGAAGUCUCAUCUGGUCCUGGAGUAGCUUCAAAGGAUCCAAGUCUCGCAUUUCAAAUGUCAGCGAGGUGACCGUCGAUGACUCGGUCGUCGCAGCCGAUCGCAAAAGGGCUCAGGAGCAGAUGGCGGAACUCUACGCUGCCGUGAUGGAACACGAUACGAAGAGAGCCGCUGGCAUUGGUGAUUCCGUUGACGGGUUCAAAUACCCCAGCAGCCAGCCUUCUAACCCCUUCGAUACCCCAGUAUCUCAACGAGGGGGCCCAUUCUCCAUGCAUAAUCAAAAGCAGGGGAUGUCCUCUCCUCUCUCCCUUUUCAGUCCAACUUCACGCUCGUCGGUGGAGUCCGACGGGAUUCGCCCUCCUCCACAGCUCUCUGCCCAGGAGCUGUCCAUCUCGCCUCCAUUGCCAUCUUCGAAAUAUAAUGAGGAACCUAUACCGCUGACUCUGCGGGGAUGUGACACACCCCGUGCUCUUCCGGCGGCACCUCAAGUACAGGCUAGCCAUGGAAAGACCAAAAGAGGUCCUGUCCCUGCUCCGUUGAACGUGUACACAGGUAAUAAUGGGAGCACCACGUCCACCUUGCCUUUUCGUCAAGUGUACCCCCCGCCGAGUGCUCCGGCUACGAAAACAACUAUCCUGGAACGGCCAACCCUCGUAGCCGGGCCACGAACUGGCAUUCCUGUACCGUACAGUCCGUACAUACCCUUCACCCCCGUGACGCCCAUUACCCCCAGUCGGAUUGUGACAAAAAAGCAACGAAAGAAGGAGGACAAGGGAGUCAGGUUGAAGGUCUUGAAUGAAGACGACCUCGUGAAGGAAGACAGUGAGAUGUGGGAAUAUUAA